UCCUGCUUCUCUCCCCCACAAUGCUGCGAAAUAGCCUUUAGGUCUGGAGCCUCUGCUGCCGAUUGCAUUCCUGGCUACGGGUGCAAUGCAAAGAAAAAAGACCGUGUGGAGCAGAAAGUAAUGACUUAGACAAGCAGGAGGAAGAUUUUCCACUAGAAAGGUGUGAGCUUCCCCAUCCUAUUAUCAUCCAAAAGUGGCUAAAGUUCUGGGGUUGAAGAGAUGCCUGGAAGUCAACAGGAACAAGAAGGACAACCUGAAAAGGCUACAGAAGGAGCUUUCUUUUGUGAAGAUGGAGAUAGUAGUUUAAAUGAAAGUACUUUCCAAGAAGGAAUCCUCAUAAGUAAAGGGGGAAAUAUGGGCAUAGACUGUGGGAAACGCCUCCAUCAGAACUUUGAGUUUCUUGAGGAUGAGAGUGUGGAGACAGGGGGACAUCAGUAUAAAUGCUCAUCAUGCUGGGAAACUUUCCAUGACAGAACCCAUUUGGAUACACAUGAGAGAAUCCACACUGGAGAUAAACCAUACGAAUGCACAGAUUGUGGGAAAAGCUUUAGCACGAGCUAUGGGUUUAUUGAUCAUAUAAGAGUACACACAGAGGAGAAACCAUAUAUGUGUUCAGACUGCGGUCAGCGCUUCCAUCUGAAAUCAAACCUUACUGCACACAAGAGAACCCAUACAGCAGAGAACCCCUACGAGUGCUCUGAAUGCGGGCAAAGCUUUGGUAAGAAAUCACAUCUUGUCACACACGAGAGGACCCACACUGGAGAGAAACCCUAUCAGUGCUCAGAUUGUGGGAAGAGCUUCAGCCAGAAAGGAAAUCUCGUUUCCCACAUGAGGAUCCACACAGGGGAGAAGCCGUAUAAAUGUUCCCAGUGUGGCAAAUGCUUCUCUCAUUGCACUUCGCUGAUGAUGCAUGUGAGAACUCACACAGGGGAGAAACCUUACAAAUGCUCCAUCUGUGAAAAAAGCUUUGUCAACAAGGGAAACCUUGUUUCACAUGUGAGAAUUCACACAGGGGAAAAGCCCUAUGAAUGCAAAGAUUGUGGGAAAAGCUUUAGCACCAGCUUUCAGUUUAUAGAGCAUAAAAGGCUACACACGGGGGAGAAACCCUACAUGUGCUCAGACUGUGGGCAAAGCUUCAACUCAAAAUCAAACCUUAUCACACACAAGAGAACCCACACAGGAGAGAAGCCCUAUCAGUGUACUGCGUGUGGGAAAGGCUUCCGGGUUAAAUCAUCCCUUACUAAACAUGUGAGAAUCCAUACAGGGGAGAAGCCCUACGAAUGUCCCGAGUGUGGGAAAAGCUUCAACACUAGCUCCCUGCUUGUGAAUCACAAAAGGGUUCAUACAGGAGAGAAGCCGUAUAAAUGCUCAGGAUGUGGGAGAAGCUUCCGUCAGAAAGGAAACCUUGUUUCACAUAUGAGAAUCCAUACAGGGGAGAAGCCAUACCGGUGUUCUGACUGUGAUAAAAGCUUCAUUGAUAAAAAAACCCAUUUGGAUACACAUGAGAGAAUCCACACUGGAGAUAAACCAUACGAAUGCACAGAUUGUGGGAAAAGCUUUAGCACGAGCUAUGGGUUUAUUGAUCAUAUAAGAGUACACACAGAGGAGAAACCAUAUAUGUGUUCAGACUGCGGUCAGCGCUUCCAUCUGAAAUCAAACCUUACUGCACACAAGAGAACCCAUACAGCAGAGAACCCCUACGAGUGCUCUGAAUGCGGGCAAAGCUUUGGUAAGAAAUCACAUCUUGUCACACACGAGAGGACCCACACUGGAGAGAAACCCUAUCAGUGCUCAGAUUGUGGGAAGAGCUUCAGCCAGAAAGGAAAUCUCGUUUCCCACAUGAGGAUCCACACAGGGGAGAAGCCGUAUAAAUGUUCCCAGUGUGGCAAAUGCUUCUCUCAUUGCACUUCGCUGAUGAUGCAUGUGAGAACUCACACAGGGGAGAAACCUUACAAAUGCUCCAUCUGUGAAAAAAGCUUUGUCAACAAGGGAAACCUUGUUUCACAUGUGAGAAUUCACACAGGGGAAAAGCCCUAUGAAUGCAAAGAUUGUGGGAAAAGCUUUAGCACCAGCUUUCAGUUUAUAGAGCAUAAAAGGCUACACACGGGGGAGAAACCCUACAUGUGCUCAGACUGUGGGCAAAGCUUCAACUCAAAAUCAAACCUUAUCACACACAAGAGAACCCACACAGGAGAGAAGCCCUAUCAGUGUACUGCGUGUGGGAAAGGCUUCCGGGUUAAAUCAUCCCUUACUAAACAUGUGAGAAUCCAUACAGGGGAGAAGCCCUACGAAUGUCCCGAGUGUGGGAAAAGCUUCAACACUAGCUCCCUGCUUGUGAAUCACAAAAGGGUUCAUACAGGAGAGAAGCCGUAUAAAUGCUCAGGAUGUGGGAGAAGCUUCCGUCAGAAAGGAAACCUUGUUUCACAUAUGAGAAUCCAUACAGGGGAGAAGCCAUACCGGUGUUCUGACUGUGAUAAAAGCUUCAUUGAUAAAAAGUCGCUUAUUAAGCACAAGAGAACCCAUACAGGAGAGAAAGCUUAUGAUUGUAGAGAUGGUGGGCAACGUUUCAGGUGCAACUCAGUAAUUUCAUAGCACAGUAUAAUUCAGUGGCCCUGACUGGACAAAGCCUCUCCUUUGU